AAAGGACAGGUCUGAAUAUGACGAAGAAGACGACAAGAAGUGAAGACUCCGGCCCAAUCCGUUUGGAUCUCUAGCCCACCUCACAAGCCGUGCUGGGCCUGGUGAGCUGGAUAUCCCAGCCCAGCCCGUGUCCAAACCCUUAUGUCAGAAAGUUUAUGGAAUCUGUUCUGUGACAAUUAACGGUUGGUCCUUCAAAAAGCCAACUACCAAAGAGAGAGAAAUUCUUCUUUUUUCCCCGCCAAAUCCUCUGAACCUUUGUCUUGAAAUGGUAUGCCCUCACAGCUCAAGAGAAUGACUCUCUCAACCCAAUUUAGAUACGCUUUAAUCCUACAAUCCCUCACAAUCAAUCCUCCCCAAAUUUCAAACACCCAAACCCACUCUGUUUCCUAUUCUUUCCCAUCAUUUUUCCUCCAAUGUCAUUCUCUCUUCAUUCAACACCACCCAAUUCACUCAAAACUCUCCCUCCUCCUCCUCCUCAAUUCUUCCAUUCUCCCUCUCCCUCCUCCCUUGUGCAAUAAUGGGCAAUUGUUGCUCUCGAGGCAACACCGCCACCAAUGAAGAUAAGGGAGAAGGAGAAGCUGCACCAGUGAAUUCUCCUCAUAAAGGCAACAAUGCUGCUGCCACCACCCCUGAAGCUUCUGCAGCGAAACCUGCUCCUCCUUCUCCUUCCCCUGGUACAUCCUCCAAGCCUGCCAAGACUGCCCCUAUCGGCCCCGUCUUAGGCCGGCCAAUGGAGGAUGUGAAAUCAAUUUAUUCCAUUGGGAAGGAGUUGGGUAGAGGACAAUUUGGGGUAACCCAUUUGUGUACUAAGAAGAGUACUGGUGAGCAACUUGCUUGCAAGACGAUCGCGAAGAGGAAGCUUGUGAAUAAGGAGGAUAUUGAGGAUGUUAGGAGGGAGGUUCAGAUAAUGCACCAUUUGACAGGACAGCCUAAUAUAGUGGAACUUAAAGGUGCUUAUGAGGAUAAGCAUUCUGUCCAUUUGGUGAUGGAGUUGUGUGCAGGAGGAGAGCUUUUUGACAGGAUUAUUGCUAAAGGCCAUUAUACAGAACGCGCUGCAGCAUCGCUGCUCAGGACGAUUGUCCAGAUUAUUCAUACCUGUCAUUCCAUGGGAGUCAUUCAUAGAGAUCUCAAGCCGGAGAAUUUCCUCUUGUUGAAUAAAAAUGAAAAUUCACCUCUCAAGGCCACUGACUUUGGUCUCUCUGUGUUUUACAAGCCAGGAGAUGUAUUCAAAGACAUCGUUGGUAGCGCAUAUUACAUUGCACCUGAAGUCCUGAAGAGGAAAUAUGGACCAGAAGCUGAUAUAUGGAGUAUUGGGGUCAUGCUUUAUAUCCUUCUAUCUGGGGUUCCUCCAUUUUGGGCCGAAUCGGAGAACGGGAUAUUCAAUGCUAUUCUACGAGGAAGUGUUGAUUUUACAAGUGAUCCGUGGCCCUCGAUUUCUCCUCAAGCAAAGGAUCUUGUAAAGAAGAUGCUGAAUACAGACCCCAAGAUGAGGUUGACAGCUCAACAAGUUCUAACUCAUCCAUGGAUUAAGGAGGAUGGAGAAGCACCGGAUACUCCUCUUGACAAUGCAGUAUUGUCUAGGCUCAAACAAUUCAAAGCAAUGAAUCAGUUCAAGAAGGUGGCUCUUCGGGUUAUAGCCGGGUGCCUAUCAGAGGAAGAGAUCAUGGGAUUGAAGGAGAUGUUCAAGGGCAUAGACACUGAUAACAGCGGUACUAUAACACUAGAAGAGCUCAAACAUGGACUUGCUAAGCAGGGCACAAAACUCUCCGAAUUCGAAGUGAAGCAAUUAAUGGAAGCUGCAGAUGCAGAUGGUAAUGGAACCAUAGAUUACGACGAGUUCAUCACCGCUACGAUGCAUAUGAACCGAAUAGACAGAGAGGAACAUCUGUACACCGCCUUCCAACACUUUGAUAAAGACAACAGCGGAUACAUUACAACUGAAGAGCUUGAGCAAGCACUCCGCGAAUAUGGUAUGCAUGAUGGAAGAGACAUCAAGGAAAUCGUUUCAGAAGUUGACAACGAUAAUGAUGGCCGGAUAAACUACGAUGAAUUUGUGGCAAUGAUGAGGAAAGGAACCCAAGAAACAAAUCCAAAGAAGCGGCGUGAUGUGUUUGUUUGAUUAAACUGGUUUUAGUACAUUGUGGGGGGAAAAACAGUAAGAAAACAAGAUCGUCCAUGGUGUAAUUUGAUCAUGUACAUUAAUAUUUGUUAGAAAGUGGAGUAUCUGGGAGAGGAAACAGAUGGAUUAACAAGAAUUGAAGCUUAUAUGCAUUGUAAUCCAAUGAGUGCUCGUGUGUUUUUACUAAUAUUUGCUUUGGGUUAUCCAAUUCCAAGACUGGUUUUGUUCUUCU